AUGGAAAAGGGGUUUUUUGAUAAAGUAGAGGAUAAUGCGGCUGUGCGAAUAUGGGCUGAAACGACACAACGAGAGAAAGGCGAUAGUCUUACCGAAGGGUGCGUGUCAGAAUUGUGGGAUUUCACCCGUAUCAGUGUAAUCCAGAAUGACCUUCAAGAAAUGAAAGAAGUCUGGGAUCAAUGGGAUGUCGAGGCCAAGCAGCUGUUCUAUUGUAACUACGGUGACCUACCUUAUCUGCUUAGUGUCAAAGUGGACAAGUAUUUAUUCCGAGCCCUUGCUCAGUUCUGGAAUCCUGCCUACAGUUGUUUCACUUUUGGGAAAGUAGAUUUGACGCCUACUGUGGAGGAGUAUACGACCUUGCUUCGGUGCCCAAAGAUUCAAGUCGACAAGGCUUAUUCCAGAGCUGCUUGUGUCCCUCCGUUGUUAAAGAAAUUAAUGAACAUCACUGGGAUGAGCGAAAGGGUCGAUGUCUUCGCUUUAGGUAUCUAUGGACUAGUGGUUUUCCCCAAAGCUUUAGGACACAUAGACGAGGCUGUAUCUGAUUUGUUUGAUCGGCUUAGUAAAGGGGUUACACCGGUUCCGGCAAUACUCGCUGAAACUUUUAGAUCCUUGAAUGCGUGUCGAAAAGCAGGGGAGGGAAGGUUUAUUGGAUGCGCGCAGCUCUUAUUGGCAUGGUUCCAUAUCCACUUCUGGAAAGUCGAAAAGGUCUCUUAUCGGGUAUUCUCUGAUAGCUACUCCCCUCUAGGAGAAUUGGUGGCCACGCCAAGACGGGAUGAUAUUUCAGAAGAAAAAUGGAUAGAGAUACUCCAGAAUCUCCAGGAUGAAGAUAUUGAAUGGAGGGCUCCUUGGUUAAUUCUGAUGAGAUAUUGUACCGAUGUGGAGAUUUUGACCGGUUCAUUGCUCGGGAUAUGGGGAGCUAUCGGAUAUGCUCCUCUACUCGUAUCAAGACAGUAUAGAUCACGACAAUUCAUACCAGCAACGCAGGGGUUGGCCUAUUGUGAUUUUUCCUAUAGGGAGGACAAUUACAAGAAGAAGGUUCGAGAAAUAUCUAAUGCCUGGAACCAGACUCGUCGAACGAAGAUCUUAGCCGUGGGUCCGACAAUUACCCCCGAGUAUAGUCAGUGGCGUGAUCAAAGGAUCAAUGACAACAUCCCGGCGUCAAAUCCAGAAACUGCUCGAUCUUUAAAGGAACACUUAUAA